AUUUAUCCAGAGCUCAAGUGCAAUGCACCCAGGAAACCAGUCUGCUGCUCAGCUCUGCUGAACUUCGACCGCACAGAGAGAUAUCAAGUCUGUCUGUCAGUCGACCUUAUCAUUGCACUAUUCUGAGAAAAAAAAGCUGUUUUAACCAACCAGAGAACAUGUUGUCCAACUAUUGGUGAGGGGAGUUUUCCUGAUAAGGACGUCAUCUCUCACAGAGUUCCUCUUGGGAGCAGAGCAGUCUUGGAAUCCCUAGAAGAUCAUCAGCAAGCCUUUGAAAGCUUUUAUUCCCCUACCGAGCAGAAGCAUCAUGCUAAGUAAAGAUCCUCCAGAUAUUGAGAACAUCCUGGCUCUGAAUCCUAGGGUGAAGACUCAUGCUCAGAUCAUAUCCACUGCGAGCAAGAAGAAGGAAAAGAAACACUGGAAGAGAAACCCUGAAAGGAACUGUGAUCACUCUUUCUUUCUUUCAGACUUGUGUGAAGUUAGAGAACAACUUUGAUGACAUCAAACACACAACGCUGAGCGAGCGCGGAGCUCUACGGGAAGCAAUGAGGUGUCUGAAAUGUGCAGAUGCUCCCUGUCAGAAGAGCUGCCCUACUAACCUGGACAUAAAAUCAUUUAUAACAAGCAUCUCUAAUAAGAACUACUAUGGGGCAGCGCGGGCCAUCCUUUCUGAUAACCCCCUGGGUCUGACCUGUGGAAUGGUUUGUCCCACAUCAGAACUGUGUGUAGGAGGCUGCAACUUAUAUGCCUCUGAGGAGGGACCCAUUAACAUUGGAGGGUUACAGCAGUUUGCCACAGAGGUGUUUAGGAGGAUGGGUAUCACUCAAAUCAGGAAUCCUGAACUCCCACCAGCCAAUGAAAUGCCAGAGUCUUACCACACCCCUAUAGCUCUCAUUGGUUGUGGCCCAGCAUCAAUCAGCUGUGCUUCCUUCCUGGCUCGUCUUGGAUAUGAUAAUAUUACUAUAUUUGAAAAACAGAAGUAUAUUGGAGGGCUGAGCAUGUCAGAAAUCCCUCAGUUCCGCCUUCCCUUUGAGGUUGUCCAGUUUGAAAUAGAUCUGAUGAAGGACUUGGGAGUCAAGGUGGUGUGUGAGAAGGGUCUAGAUGUUAAUGGAAUGACUCUGACGACCCUCAGAGAGGAAGGAUUUAAGGCCGUCUUCAUUGGGAUUGGUCUCCCCCAGGCCAACAGAGCUAAAAUCUUUCAGGGUUUAACCAUGGAUCAAGGGUUCUUCACUUCCAAAGACUUCCUGCCCAUGGUGGCCUCAGCAAGCAAAAGAGGUAUGUGUCAGUGCCGCUCUUCUCUUCCGGAGUUAAGAGGUGUAGUAAUCGUUUUGGGGGCCGGUGACACCGCGUUUGACUGUGCCACCUCGGCCCUUCGCUGUGGAGCCAAGAGAGUCUACGUCUGCUUCAGAAAGGGUUUCACCAACAUCAGGGCUGUACCUGAGGAGAUGGAGUUGGCUAAGGAGGAGCAGUGUGAGUUCCUUCCCUUCCUGUCUCCACGUGAGGUCAUCAUGAAAAAUGGUCGGGUAGCCGGUUUGCAGUUCUGCCGCACUGAGCAGAACGAGGAAGGUGAUUGGCUUGAAGAUGAGGACCAAGUUGUCAGGCUGAAGGCUGAUUACAUCAUCAGCGCGUUUGGUUCCAUGCUAAACGAUACGCAAGUGACUGACGCCAUGGCUCCAGUGAAGCUGACCCGCUGGGGUACUCCGGAGGUGAACACAGACACCAUGCAGACCAGUGAGCCCUGGGUGUUUGCAGGAGGAGACAUUGCUGGUUUGGCAAACACCACAGUGGAAUCAGUGAACGAUGGCAAACAAGCCUCAUGGCAUAUUCACCGAUAUGUUCAGUCCCUGCAUGGACAGACAGUGGACCCAGUUCCCAAAUUGCCUUUAUUCUACAGUGCUAUAGAUCAGGUGGACAUCAGCGUUGAGGUUUGUGGAAUAAAGUUCCCUAACCCAUUUGGCCUGGCAUCUGCCCCUCCCACCACCAGCACAGCUAUGAUCAGAAGAGCAUUUGAACAAGGAUGGGGCUUUGCUCUGACCAAGACGUUCGGGCUGGAUAAGGACCUGGUGACCAACGUGUCUCCUCGUAUUGUGCGAGGCACCACCUCAGGUUAUGUGUAUGGACCAGGUCAGGGCUCCUUCCUCAACAUUGAGCUCAUCAGUGAGAAGACAGCAGCAUACUGGUGUCAGUCAGUCGCUGAACUAAAGAAAGACUUUCCUAAUAAUGUGGUGAUCUCCAGUAUCAUGUGUAGUUACAACAAGGAGGACUGGACAGUACUAGCCAAGAUGGCAGAGGAAUCAGGAGCAGAUGCAUUGGAGCUGAACUUGUCUUGUCCUCACGGGAUGGGAGAAAGAGGCAUGGGACUGGCCUGUGGACAGGACCCGGUGUUGGUACGUAACAUUUGUCGAUGGGUGCGUGCAGCCAUUUCCAUCCCAUUCUUUGCCAAACUGACACCAAAUGUUACCAAUAUUGUCGACAUCGCUAAAGCUGCUCAUGAAGGUGGAGCAGAUGGAGUAACGGCCACAAACACAGUCUCAGGCAUGAUGGGCCUAAAGGCCGACGGUGCCCCCUGGCCAGGCGUUGGAAAGGGCAAACGCACCACAUAUGGAGGGGUGUCUGGUAAUGCCAUCAGACCCAUUGCUCUCAGAGCAGUGUCGGCCAUCGCUAGAGCGAUUCCUGGUUUCCCAGUUCUGGCCACCGGAGGUAUUGACUCAGCAGACACUGGGCUACAAUUUCUUCAUGCCGGGGCCUCAGUGUUACAGGUGUGCAGUGCAGUGCAGAACCAGGACUUCACAGUGAUUGAGGAUUACUGUCUGGGUCUGAAGGCUUUGUUGUACCUGAAGAGCAUGGAGCUGAAGGACUGGGAUGGUCAGUCUCCUCCAACAGACAGACAUCAGAAGGGUAAACCUGUUCCCAGACUGGAGGACCUGGUUGGAAAGAGCAUCCCUAGCUUCGGUCCAUACCUCCAGCAGAAGACAGAAGUCAUCGCAGAGUACAAGAAGCAGCUUAGAGCUGCUAGUAAAACCGAUGCAAUGGAAGCCAACAUCAGCCGCAUCAGCGCACCUAAAAAACCUGUUCCUGCUGUCAAGGAUGUCAUAGCCAGAGCUCUGCGCUACAUUGGAGCAUACCAGGAGCUUAACAACUUGGAGCAGGUUCAGGCUCUGAUAGAUGAAGAGAUGUGUAUCAACUGUGGUAAAUGUUACAUGACCUGCAAUGACUCCGGAUAUCAGGCUAUAGAGUUCAACCCGGAGACACACCUUCCCACUGUGACUGACAGCUGUACAGGCUGCACUCUGUGCCUCAGUGUCUGUCCAAUCAUAGACUGCAUCAAGAUGGUUGCCAGGAAAACCCCAUAUGAACCAAAGAGGGGUGUGCCCAUCAGUCCUGUCUGCUAAAGGGAAAGACAAGCCAAAAUGUUCCACCUAUUUAAUGAUGGCGAUCAUAUAUAAUGAAGUUCUGAUUUUAUGACUAAUUAAUCUGCCGCAUGAGGCUUGAGACAUUUGUAAAGCUGUUGUGCACAGGUAAUGCAACUCGUGUAGACUAUGAAAAGAGUGAAAAAAGAUGGAAAAUGUGUUUAUCUGUUUACAUGUGGUCUUGAUUUUAAUACACUAGCACCAGCAACAUCAGCGGAGCAAGAGGUGACCAACCUCUUAGGUCAAGGUUGACAAUAAUAGCAUAAAAAUACAUUUAUUGAUAAUUUAACAUAAUUCAGACUCAAAUUACUUUAGUCUUGGUGGAUUUGGUUUGUAGUUAUUCCAUUUUAUCUUUAAUGUGAAGACAGAAAAUUUCAAAUUUACCGGGCAUUUAAUGUAUUUUAAAGGUACUAAAAUGAAGGAAUGAAAGGCAUCUUUGACAUGAUGUGGUUUGAUACUGAUAUAAUCUGUGAUUUAAAUAAAGGUUUUUCGAUGCAGCAAAUUGUC